CAGUGCCUGUGCUGCACAGACUACAGGAGGUGCUCAAGGAACUGAUGAUGCAAGGAUUGUCCUGGCAGGAUGACAUCACCCAGUACGUCAUUCGCAAGGAGCUGAGCCGUGUUUCACUGACCCGCCCCCUGUCUGGACGUCAUGACAACCCCUCGUCUCAGUCCUCAGAACCUGUGCAGAAUGCCCAUCUUUCCAAGAUGCAGUAUCCUCCCAGCUCCAGGACCAAGGCUCAAGGGGACGAUCCCAACCCAGACCUGAUGCAGAGUUACCUGGACUACAUGAUCGUGGAUCCCCCCAAGGCCUCCCAGUCCCUCCACAUGCAAAGUCUGGACCCUUACACCUACCGCCAGGAGCAGUAUGGUUACCAAGGCGACGAGGAGCGCUCUCUUAACUCUCUGGAGGGUGGUGGUUUCCCCCGCCCUUCUUCUCACGCCGGGGGUAAAGGGUCCCGCCCCCAGGACCGAGACCGCCAGGUGCUCCAGGACCUGGUCUCCCUGUACCUCUCCUCCCCCGCCCAGCCGGCCUCCCGCCACCGUGGGGCAGCAACACCGAUCUCUACCUCUCCCUUGUACCAGGACCUGGACUUCCCUCUGGACUACGCAGAGGACUACGUUUCCCAGCAGGACGUGGAGGUCCGCAGCAGCAGCAGCUGGAUCAGACGCAGAGGAAAGCACAGAAGGACUACGGAUCGCUGGCUGGAUUGGAUG